GUUUUAAUUUGAAAGUCGUAAUCGGAAGUGUGUGCUUUUCCUCUGUGUGACUUAACUGUCCCGAUGCUGCUCAGAUUUCAGUGAUUUCUCUCUACAGCUGCAGUUUCUUCUGUUCUCACCGUGGCCGUUCGUCGCUGACACUCGUGUCGUGACAACAUUAACUGCGUUUUUCUUCUUCUUUUAUUCACGCGUGUCACCGCGUAGCAGAGCGAGCUAGCCGCUGCGUGUUUUAACGAUGCGCGUUAGCUUGUCACGGUUCUUCUUUCAUUCCGUUCGGCUAAUAACGCGAGCUCGCGCUCACCUGACCCGGGUUAGCUGGACUUGUUAAUAAAGGGAAACGGUGGCCGAGCCGUGACUCAGGUUUUAGUGACAGUGCGAAUUCAAGGUGUCUUUAACUUUUUUAAUUUAUCUUCUUUUAAUUAUUAUUAUUGUUAUUUAAACAAUGGAUUACGAACACGAAGCUAAGAUGGCGGUUGACUCGAUGCAGAGCUACAGGAGUGACGAGUCCGGCUGGAAAGUCUGCAAGAAGUCGAGUGACGUGGUUGUGUCCUGGCGUCCUUCAUCAGCGUAUCCAGGGAAUGUCUAUAAGGGGGACGGGAUCGCUAACGGCAGUCUACAGAAAGUGUGGGAGUGUUUGAAACCAAUAUCCAACGGCCUCCGAGUCAAAUGGGACAGCAACGUGAAGAGGUUUGAGCUUCUGGAGCAAAUCACAGAGGACAGGUCAAUCUGCCGGACCGUCACGCCCUCAGCCGCGAUGGGCAUCAUCGCUCCACGAGACUUUGUGGACGUUGUUGUUGUUAAACAAUGCGAAGACGGCUCCAUUUCAUCCAAUGCAACUAAUGUGAUCCACUCGAGCUGUCCUCCUCAGUCUGGUUACGUGAGAGGAAUCAACCAUCCGUGUGGCUGCAUCUGUGUCCCCAUCUCUGGAGAACCCAACAAAACCCAGGUGUUCACGUUCUUCCAGACGGACCUGGGCGGCCUCCUCCCGCGCUCCGUGGUCGACUCGUUCUUCCCGUCCAGCAUGACCGAGUUCUACGGCAACCUCGCCAAAGCCGUGAAAUCCCUCAAAGACUUUUGACACCAAGCGAUAAGAAGACGAGAUCUACCUUCAAAACAACUGAUGUCCACAAACUGGUCGGUCCAAAUGUUCCUUCAUUCCAGUUUCAACCCACCUUCACAACAAACUUAGCCGUGUGUCAUGAACCUUCCAAAUCCACCAAAACAGUCAACAACAAAAAAAACAACCUUGUUGUCAAAGCAGUUUAGCUGUGUCUGAAUAACGAGGGCUUCCAUUUGGCAACAACAUCCUCCUUUACGUUCCUGUCGUCUGUCUGUGGCAUGGAUUUAUUUGUCCUAAAGAAUGGAUAUAGCUGUAAAAAUCUGUCUGACGGUGCAGUAAACAUGCAUGUUGCAUGGACCUUAUUUAACCUCUGCUGGUAUCAAAUACUGCCUCAUACCUCAUACACAGGUGUCUAUGUACUUGAAAAGUCACGUACUGUUUAAAGCGUUUGCCUCUAGAAUCAGCUGAAGUGCAGGCGACCGGUGUGUCCUCAACGUUUUUAUACUUUUUAAAGAUAGCGACCCAAUGCAAACUGCCAUUUUGUGUAACACCAUAUAAUAUUUUAGAUAAGUCAACCAGCCGUUUCUGAGAGAUAUGUGUCGGAUAGAUUAAUUAAACCGUUUAUUUUAUGCAUGUUUUAUUUAAUAAAUGUUAAGUAAAAGGCUAGAAAAACUGGCACAAUUAUGUGGCGACCCCAAAAAAAGGCCGCAGGUGUACGUGACCUUCACAUGUCGUGGUGAGUUUAUGUCAUGUUCUGUGUGCAGAAUACAGGGAGAAAACACAGCGUUAUAAUCAACAGAAAUCCUAAAUUCUGGUGCUAAACUGGUACUUUCCAUAACCACAAUAAUCAAUCAACAAUAACAAUCAAAAAUCAAUGCCUUUUUAUUCAUUUCUAAGGUAAAUGUGAACUAAUAUGUAACUAUAUAUUUACAUAACAAAAUAAAACCUAACUGAGUUAAAUCAAAUACAUUUGUGAAUUUUGAAUAUGACGACGUUUGCGUCAGAUCUGUUUCGAUGUAUUUGAGAAGAACACACGUUCACUUUAAUUCGUAUUCCGGAGGAUUGAAACGUGUCUCUGGUUGUUGUCUUCCACACGCAGCUCCUCUCCAUCGCCACUAGGUGGUAGCACCGUAGCCAAAAACCUCUGAGCUGGUGGACAGACAGCGGGACACGGUUCACAAACCUGCAGGAUUCAGGGGGAAACAAACCAUUAUUCUCGUCAUCGGUCGAUCUAUCGCUGGUUUUCUCAGUUAAUCGAGUGCAUGUUUGGUUUAGAAUAUGUUGAUCGGUAUUUACCACACCUGGAGAUGAAUGACUUUGAAUGAUUUCUUUGUUCUAUGGAGCAAAGAAACCAGAAAGUAUUCACAUUUAAGAAGCUGAAAAAUCAGAGAAACUCGAUUAGUCCUUGCAGCCCUCGCUCAGACACCAACAUUUGCGUUUGGAUAGAUAACGACCGUGCAGAAGUUUAGGUGCCUAACUCAAAGAGAUCCUCUGUUUGGAUCAGUACGACAUUUUUAAAUUUAAUUAAGAUUCCGUUUGAUUCAAUUUGUUUGCACCAAAUCACAGCGUUUCAUAAUCUCAAGGCACUUUACUACACAACAACAACAGUUAACAUUAACAAGAUGCUGCGAAUUCAGAAAAACCUAAACUGCUGGAACAUAAUAAUGUAAUAACUAACUUAUAAAUGUGUUCUGUGUUUUAGAAAGUAUUCAGGGUUCCUUGAAGGUUUUUGAUAUUUAGGUACAGUAAAUGUCUCCCAUGUUUGUUAUGACGCCACCUACUGUUUCAUGCCCUGCAUCGCUUGAUGUCAAGUAAUUGCCAGCAGUGUUGUGGACACUGUGUCUCUCUCUCUCUCUCUCUCUCUCUCUCUCUCUCUCUCUCUCUCUCUCUCUCUCCGCCAUUGACGUAAGAUUCCUCGCAGAACAACGAGCGAGUAACGUUAAAAUGAGAGAGAGCAAAUGACGACCUGGGAAAUGAAAAUUCCAAGAUCUCUGUCUCACCAAAGAAAAUGACUCUGGCCAGGGUCCCAAAAAGGACAAUCACUUGUCCAGAGUGGACGCCUUCAUGCACGAAGACAAGCACAUUCAGUUCUUGAAUUUGAGGGAAUUGGUCCUGGAAAGUCCUUGAAUUUGAUGUCAACCAAGGUGUGGGAACCCUGAGUACUUACCUUGUUUUUUUGUUUUGUUUUGUGGAAUAGUAGUUGGCCAUUUGCACGGCCACCAUGUUGACGUGUUGAUGAGAUGCACUCUUGAGACUGUGGAAGCUAAAUGGAACUCAGCCGUUAUAUCAGCCAAAAUGGCUGCUAAUGGUCCAUUCCAUUUUACUAAGGCUCAGUCCACAUAUUUGUUCAUACUCACACAAACUGGAAGUUAGGGUCCCCAGAAAAAGCACAUUUUGGUUUCAGUUUGUCUAUGUGAGGCGAGUUAAGCGGGGCGUACACUGUGCCAUGAUUCAUUAUUCUACAUUUUUGUGCGGUCGAUCCUCGGCUGCGUCUAACAUCUUGGUUUUCAUGCGACCAUACGACUGCCAAUCGGGAGCUGGUCGUUAGUCUGUAUUUGUAUACGAGGCGAUGCGCGAUUAAGCUGAAAUUCGAUCCCAACAAGUGAUAUUGGCUCAAAAUGGCACAGUGUAUCACGCAGCUUUAUGCGUGAUACAUCAGUCGUCUCUCUCUCUCUCAAAUCUUAUUGGCUAACGAGGCCUUACAGCUACAGGUACUGUUAUCGCCCCCUGUUGUCUUGGCAUGCGUUUUACGACACUUAACAGAUAUCUCUUGUGUUUUCAUGAGGACGAAGAUGUUUUUGAAAACUUAAAAAGUUAACCUACAUGUGGACUGAGACUUUUUUCCACGCACCAUUUCCACUUCCUUUGACAUCAGUGUUCUGGACUGAGGUGCUUUUAAACCCUGUUCAUGCACUGAUUCUGCCAGUGAAGCCACUUUAAUCCACGCCGCUUAUGUGUUUGAGCCCGAAUAUGGUGACACGUAACAAUCGAGGGAGAGGGAGAGUGAGAGAUUUUGAGAAAAGAUAUUUUUCCAUUUUAACCGAGAUCUGUUUUUACCUCAUGAUGUAACCAGUAAUCUAAAAAACAAAAAAAAACAACUCUUAGCCUUCUCCAAAUCACACACGUCAUGUGUUUGAGACGAUGUUGCCUGCAUAAGAGUCUUAUUUUCACGUGUGUGUGUUGUUUAAAUUGAACCCAUAGAUUUUCUGUUUUGUUUUAUUUAAUGUGACUUUGUCUCGGUCUCAGUGUUUUUUUAACAGGUGGCUGCUAAAGAACAAUCACCGAGCACUGCUGUUUGUCCUGAGUAAACACGACCUCUGGUUUAUUUGACUGACCGUGUGAGACGAUGAUUUACGUUUGUAACCGAGAACAACGGCUGCUACUGAUGCUUAGCUUCAACUGUUCUGUUGCACCUGCUUUAUUUUAUAUUUCACCAGCAUUAAAAUGAUCAACACGA